AUGUUCUGGUUUGCCGGGUUCGAAAAAAGGUCCCGUCGGUCCCCCGCUCUCUUUGACUGGUGGUCGCCGUCCGUGAAGGCCACGUUCCAGAAGAACGCCAAGUGUCUCGCCGACCAGUACUCGACGUUCCCGGUGCUCGGCCUCGACGGCAAGACGCUCCUCGGGCACCUCAACGGCGAGCUCACGCUGGGCGAAAACAUUGCUGACAACGGCGGCCUCAAGCUCGCGUACCUGGCGUACCUCCGCGCCAAGGCGUCCGAGCCGUCGAUCGCCGAGAUUGGCUACGACGACAAGAAGCUCUACUUUACGGCCUUUGCGCAGGGCUGGUGCGAGAAGCGGUCGGACGCCGCCGCGACGCUGCUGCUCAACACGGACCCGCACUCGCCCGGCAAGUGGCGCGUCCACGGCCCGCUCUACAACUCGGCCGCGUUCGCCGACGCGUUCCAGUGCAAGGCCGGGUCGCCCAUGAACCCCGUCAACAAGUGCAUCGUCUGGUAA